AUGUCGGCGAGCUAUUCAUUAACCCGCGUGGCUCGGGUUAUUUUCGCUUUUGGAAGACGAAUAAUUAGACCCAUUCCCGGGAAAACGGGUCCUGCCUCCGCCGGGCCCCCGCUGAAGAGUCGCAGGGGGAACGACGUGGCCGGCACCGCUUUGCGCUCCGGGAUUUUUAUUCCCGCCCUUUUACUUAAUCCUGAUGUCCGACUUGGAGAAGCCUGGGGCCAUUCCAGUCGAACCAGCCCGUUGGAUAACGUUGGACGGGAACUGGGAUCGCAUCUUUUGCAGACCUUGGACGGUUUCAUAUUCGUCGUGGCUCCGGACGGCAAGAUCAUGUACAUCUCGGAGACGGCCUCGGUGCACCUGGGCUUGUCGCAGGUAGAGCUGACCGGCAACAGCAUUUACGAGUACAUCCACCCCGCCGACCACGACGAGAUGACUGCGGUGCUCACGGCGCACCAGCCCUACCACUCGCACUUCGUGCAGGAGUACGAGAUCGAGCGCUCCUUCUUCCUGCGCAUGAAGUGCGUCCUGGCCAAGAGGAACGCGGGCCUCACGUGCGGCGGCUACAAGGUCAUCCACUGCAGCGGGUACCUGAAGAUCCGCCAGUACAGCCUGGACAUGUCCCCCUUCGACGGCUGCUACCAAAACGUCGGCUUGGUCGCCGUGGGCCACUCGCUGCCGCCCAGCGCCGUCACGGAAAUCAAGCUCCACAGCAAUAUGUUCAUGUUCCGGGCCAGCCUGGAUAUGAAGCUCAUAUUCUUAGAUUCCAGGGUGGCCGAGCUCACGGGCUACGAGCCCCAGGACCUGAUAGAGAAGACCCUUUACCACCACGUGCACGGCUGCGACACCUUCCACCUGCGAUGCGCCCACCACCUGCGUAAGGAGCUGUCCCCUUCCCCAGAGGCGUUUCGGAACGAGCUUGUGUUCAGAGCGCUCCGCAGCCCGGCUGGCAGCGCAGGGCUCGCUCUCUUCUCGGAGGAGCGGGUCGCCUGGGUGGGCGGCUCUGCCCUCCCCUCCGGCUCUUCGCUUAACGGCCGAGCGCGGGCAGAGGGCACGCGGGGAGCCGGGCAGCCAAGAGGCCGCCGGCAGGAUACUGAAUAUAAAGGACUACAGCUCUCCUUGGAUCAGGUCACAGCUACCAAGCCGGCAUUCUCAUACGCAAAUUCAACUCCGACCAUAACGGAUAAUAGAAAGGGGAGCAAAUCUCGUCUCUCGAGCACAAAGUCAAAAUCAAGGACCUCACCAUAUCCACAGUAUUCCAGCUUUCACACGGAGCGAUCCGAAUCUGACCAUGAGAGCCAGUGGGGCGGGAGUCCCCUGACCGACACGGCUUCCCCGCAGCUCCUGGAGCCUGCGGACAGGCCGAGCUCGCAGCACCACGACGUCUCCUGCGCCUAUCGGCAGUACUCGGACCGCGGCGCGCUCUGCUACGGCUUCGCCCUCGACCACCCUCGCCUGGCCGAAGACAGGCAUUUCCACACACAGGCCUGCGAAGGGGGCCGCUGCGAAGCCGGCAGGUACUUCCUCGGCACGCCGCAGCCCGGCAGGGAGAGCUGGUGGGGCUCUCGCUCAGCAUUGCCCCUCACAAAGUCGUCCCCUGAGAGCAGGGAAGCCUACGAAAACAGCAUGCCCCACAUAACCUCCGUGCACAGGAUUCACGGGAGAGGACACUGGGAUGAGGACAGUGUUGUUAGUUCUCCUGAUCCUGGCUCUGCCAGUGAGUCAGGAGAUCGAUACCGUACUGAGCAGUAUCAGAGUAGCCCACAUGAACCCAGCAAAAUUGAAACUCUAAUAAGAGCUACCCAACAAAUGAUUAAAGAGGAAGAAAACAGACUACAGCUACGGAAAACAACCCCUGAUCCACUGGUCUCCAUUAAUGGCACAGGGAAGAAGCAUGCCAUUUGUUUUGCAAACUACCCUCAGCAGCAGUUGGCAGGGGACAUCUGCCGUGUCCCUACAGUGGCCAACACUCCUCCCUGUGAACACAUCCAGCAACGAGAUGGAAAGAUUAUGAGCCCACAUGAGAAUGACUAUGACAACAGCCCCACAACGCUGUCUAGGAUAAACAGCCCCAAUUCUGACCGAAUAUCAAAAUCUAGUUUGGUACUAGCUAAAGACUACAUGCAUUCAGACAUGUCCCCUCAUCAAACCCCAGGGGACCACCCAGCAGCUUCUCCAAAUUAUUACAGCUCCCACAGGCAGUACUUUGAUAAGCAUGCUUAUACAUUAACUGGAUAUGCGCUGGAGCAUUUAUAUGACACUGAUACCAUUAGAAACUAUUCGCUGGGCUGCAAUGGAUCACAUUUUGAUGUAACUUCUCACUUAAGGAUGCAGCAAGAUCCAGCACAAGGACACAAGGGGACAUCUGUUAUAAUAACCAAUGGAAGCUGA